AUGACUCAAGUCUUUGGAUUACUUUUGGAAAAAGUUCCACUACGAAAUGGUCUUCCAUAUCCUUUAGUAGAUUGUUUAGAAUACUUCAACACACACAGCGCAGCAUUAUCGACUGAAGGACUUUUUAGAGUCCCGGGGAAUAUUGCGAUAGUCAAUGAAAUCAAAAAGAUGUAUAACAUGGGACAAACAGUCGAUUUAAAUAAGUACGACGUACACACCGUCGGAUCUGUUUUUAAAGUCUUUUUCAGAGAGUUGCCAGACAGUUUAGUCACACAAGAAAACACAGACCUCUUUUUGGUCUUCAUCGAACUCGACAAAAUCGACAAAAAUCAGACCCUCAAAAAAAUGCAAAAUUUGCUCGGUGAACUCCCACCGGUGUACUUCCAAGUCCUCAAAGCGCUCAUUGAGUUUCUUGUGAAAGUUGCUGCGAGGUCCGAGAACAACAAAAUGGACUCCAAGAACCUUUCGUUAAUCUUUGGACCAAACAUUUUUAACCAACAAAACGUUUUGGACUUGAUGAGAGCAGACAACCCAGCACCAAUUUGUACUCAAUAUUUCAUCGACAACUACAACGCCAUUUUUGAUGACUUAAUUAUUAAACCAGCUAUUGCUUCACACACUCUUCAAGAAAGUUAUUCACAAGUCCCAUCCAAACAUAUUGCGGUCCCAUCUAAACCUCUUCCUCCAAGACCUCCUAUGAAGGCACUCCCAUCAGUCCCUCCCCCUCGUGAAAAGAAGGAAACGGAUGUUCAACAGCCAGUCAGUAUCCUUUAA